AUGUCCCUUCGAGGCGGCUCCUCCGCCGGCUAUGGCCUCAACAGCGGCCCAAACCCGUACGGCUCGUCCUCGCAGCAGCAGGAGGAGCAGGGCAUCCUCGACCAGAUCCGCCCCUACACGAGCAAGGUCGAGGAUUUCCUCGAGACCGUCAGCGAGCCCGUUAAGCCGUACCUCCCCGCCAUUGGCCGCUUUCUCAUCGUCGUCACCUUUCUCGAGGAUGCUCUCCGCAUCAUGACCCAGUGGAACGACCAGCUCAUCUACCUCCGCGACUAUCGUCACAUCCCCGGCGGCAUCACCCACCUCUUCCUGCUCAUCAACGUCCUCGCUAUGCUCGCCUGCUCCAUCCUCGUCAUCAUCCGCAAGUACUCCGACUACGCCGUCGCCGGCCUCAUGGCUGUCGUCGUCACCCAGGCCCUUGGCUACGGCCUCAUCUUUGACCUCAACUUCUUCCUCCGCAACCUGUCCGUCAUUGGCGGCCUCAUCAUGGUCCUCUCCGACUCGUGGGUCCGCAAGAGCAAGGCCUUUGCCGGCCUGCCGACGCUCGACGAAAAGGACCGCAAAAUGUAUUUCCAGCUCGCCGGCCGCGUCCUCCUCAUCUUCCUGUUUGUUGGCUUCGUCUUUUCCGGCUCCUGGUCCAUCUGGCGCGUCCUCGUCUCGCUCCUCGGCGCCGGCGCCUGCGUCAUGGUUGUCGUCGGCUUCAAGGCCAAGUUUAGCGCUACCCUGCUUGUGGUCAUUCUGUCCAUCUUCAACCUCUUUGUCAACAACUUUUGGACUCUCCACGAGCACCACCCCCAGAAGGACUUUGCCAAGUACGACUUUUUCCAGAUCCUCUCCAUUGUCGGUGGUCUCCUCCUCCUCGUCAACAGCGGCCCCGGCCAGUUUUCCAUUGAUGAGAAGAAGAAGGUCUACUAG